CCCGUAUAUAAGGGGCAGCAAUCAGCUGAUUCAGUGUAGUGUGACAGAGCCUGCGGAAAAGCAUAUAAACUGGCAUAUCACGCAAUAACAAAGUGAAAUAAGUAACAAAGACCAAAUUGUUUAGUCAAGCGUCAGCUUCGUUUGAUCUCUACGUGGCACUUAAGAGAGAGAGAGAGCAGGAAAGGCCGGAGUAAUGGCGCGGCGCGACGUGGUGUACUCCGUAAACCCGAAUCGGCCAGCCUUUUCGAUGCUGGAGGAUGACGACAUUGCAUCGGAAUUCCUGAAUACAUCAAGUGCUACCUACUUGGCAGCAGACAAGCUACCCCCAGGGCCAGAACAGCAAGCUGCCAAUGAAGCUGAAAUGAGGCGACAGGAACUUCUAAAGCAGAUGAGGCAGGUGGAGCAGCGAACAUUAGAAUCUUCAAAAAGGAGUAUUGGAAUGUUACAUGAGUCUGAAAAAGUGGGAAUUGAGACAGCUGAGGAAUUGGUCAAACAAAGAGAACAGCUUAUGAACACUGAGAGAAGAAUUGAUGAUAUUAAUAAUACACUAAGAGACACACAAAAAAAUAUCAAUAGUAUUAAGAGUGUUUUUAGCAGCUUGAAGAACUGGUGGUCAACCCCGAAACAGACAAAUGACAACAGCAAGGCAACAUCCCCCACCUCCCCCAAUGCUGAGAACCCACCUGCUGUCACAGCCAACCCGAAUUUAGGCCCAGCGUACGAGAGGAGCCAGAUGUCUGUCUCGACCCUGAAAUCCAGUACCCAUCCAGCAUUGCGGCUGAAAGGACUUGAAGAAGAGGAAGAAGUGGAGCCUGACUAUAGAGACUUCCGUGCUAAUGUGACGCGUGUCAAUAAGGAACUUGACUCAGACCUAGAUGUGAUGUCUGCUGGUCUCUCUCGAUUGAAGGGUCUUGCAAUUGGCCUUGGAACAGAGAUUGAAGACCAGAAUGCAAUUGUUGAUCGCAUCUCGGGGAAAGCAAACAAUGCUGACAUCACAGUAGGGGCCCAAAAUGCUCAAAUAAAGAAGAUUCUCAAGAAAUGAGAGGAGCGAGUUUAGAUUAUAUUUUGUACGUUUAUCCCUCCAUAAUGAACAUUUUGGACAGCCUCAUUAUUCAUAGCUUAAGCCUAAGAAUGAUCAUCCUCCAGUCAUGAUAUUAUGUAGUAUGGUUUUUGUAUUUUUUUGGUGAUCUUUCUUUGCUGGAUGUUUUGCUAUAAUGAUGUUAGAAAUUGAUUUUAAAUUUGUAUAUGAUCCUAGGUCUCUGAAGAAAUUAAUAUAUAUAUAUAUAUCUAUAUAAAUGGUUACAUAGGAUAUUUUAUGAAAAAAGUCAGUAAAAAAAAUGUAAUAUGAUUGCUGUACUUCAUUUUGCUACCCAUAGAUGAAUCUAAGAUCAUGAAAUUUAUAUCUUAGACAACAAACAGUUAAUCUGUUUUACAUGCCAGUGCCUCUUGAAUUACUGGAAUCUGUUGUGAAAAAGAAAUAAAUUUAAAUAUAUGUCAGUCUCAUAUUCAUACACACAAUCACUCACUUUACUCAUUGCAAACACAUACUUGCUAUUACAUAAGUACUUAUUGAUUCACACUCAUAACUCUGUGUGUGUAAUAGAUUAGACAUGUAUACCAAUGCACUUGAUAAGUUUUGGACAUAUUACAUUUAAGGAAAACUUGUUACUCAGGCUUUAAGGUGAGGAUGAAAGAUAGGUAAUUAAAGUUGCAUUCAUAUUUUAGAAGAUAAAAACAUUAAUGUAUUGUUAAUUAGGCACUUCAUUGUAUGGCAGUAGAUUUACUAUUUGUUGUAUACUGUGAAAAUAUCGGGAUGAAGAAAAAAUAUCUUUAAAUGUAAUUACUUUGGUAUGCAUGUAUGUCUACUGUCUGCAUGAUAUUAAAAGCUUGAAUAUGGACAAAUUACCUACUUUCAAGAAUCAUAAAACAUUAUAGUCAGUUGUUAGUUUAUCCUCUUAAUUUAGAUGACUCACAUGAAGGUUUUGCUUAAAUUAGAAUUUUUUUUUUAGAAUUUUACACCCUCUCUGCGAUAGGAAAAUCACCAGUUGUGAAGUUUAUAGUAAAUAGGCAUUUUUUAUGUUUAUAUGAAAUUCCAAUAAAUAUGAACAGAAUGUUUCCAACUUUUGCCAAUUUAUAUAUGGAAAUGCAGUUUCCUCUUAAUGCACUGUGAUGAAGACCUUCCUCAGAUAGAUUAUUGGGGACAUGUUAGUAGUAAGAAAUGUAAUAUUUCUCCCUUUUAAAGAAAAAGAGUUAUGUCACAACCUUUUGUCAUAUCUCAGAGACUGAUGCCAAAGCAAUCAGGUUCUUCACUUAUUGAAGUCAGGGAUUGUAAUAUCUUUUACUCACAGUUCAGGGCAGCAUAGUCAGUGUAUGGAUAUUUCAGUCCUGUUUAUUCACAACAUGCAAAUUUUCCAUGGACUCAGAGUUUGUUUGGCUGCAACAAAGCACCUCUUGUGACAGAGAAGGAGAGUGAGUGAGUGCAUGCAUGAGUGAUUGUGUGAGUGAGUUUGUGAGUGAACGAGUGGGUGAGUAAUUGCAUGUGUGCAUACUGGCAUGCUUGUGCAUGUUUAAUAGUUUAUGUAUAGUACAUGCAUAUAUUUGUCUCUCCAUUGUUCCCAUCCAUUCAUAUAUAAACUAUAGUCCUGUACAUAGAUGUAGAAUCAGAUGGCCUCUUCAUGUGCCACCUACUUCAGCCAGCCACAGAAACAGGAAAACAGAUUAAAGCAAAACUUCAUGACUGCUCUCCUCUUCUUCAUUCCCUGCACAGAAGCCUGCAGGCAAUGCUUGUUCAUUCAUCUUUGCUAAAGAAGUAAAAAGCAAAACAACAAA